AUGUCAGCGACGCCUCGCAAGCCUGGAACCCCCGGCAGUUCCAACAAAUCAUCGGCCGCAGAUCCGCCCUCGACCAACGGGUCCACCACACGAGGCCAUGCUCGCUCGCCAAGUGCCACUCCCAACGGCCUCAACCGCACCCCUUCCUACAGAGGCUCAACUCCCGUUUCUGCGCGCGCCGCUGCGAGAAAACCCGGCAGAUCGAACCUCAGCAUGUCGAACGUCCCGCGAAUGUCGAACGACCCCUCGGACGAGGAGGUGCGGGCCCAGAAUGCCGCUCUGAUUGACGAGCUCAGGGAGCAGUUACAGAAGGCGGAGACCGCGUCGGAUCAAUACCAGAAACAACUCGGUGUUCUACAAAUGCGCCUGGACGAGGCGAUCAGCGAACAGGGGAAGCUGGAGGAUCAGGCCCACGAAUGGGAUAGCCGGGUCGAGACGCUGAACAACGAGAUUAAGGAUCAGGCCCGCCAGAUCCGCGAGAUGGAACAAAAUCAUGAGUCGGAGCGAAAUGCGAUGCUGCAAGAGAAGGAGCAGCAGGCGAGCCGAGAGGAAGAAAUGCAGGCGACGAUUCAGCGCCUGAAGGAGUCCAUCUCGCAGAAGGAUGGGCGCAUGAAUGCCGAAGGCGAUCGCCAAAUUUCCCGAUCUUCCAGUUUCCGCAAUAGAGCUUCGCCGGACCUCGAGGGUCAAUUUGCUCCCUCGGCGCAGCUCGAGCGCAGUCCCUCCCGCAAUAAUUCGAACCUUCUUCUGCAAAAAGAUAAAUUGAUUGAAUCUUUGCGCCUGGAACUAGCCGAGUCCCAGAUUAAGCUCGUCGAGAUGGAAAACAAAGGCGGGGGCCGACAGCAAGAAUUGGAAAAGGAUCUACUGGAAGCGCGCAUGGCUAAUGCUCGCUUGAUGGAGGAUAACGAGAGCUAUCAACUGCUCCUGAGCGAGAAGACUCUGACUGGAGACUUUACGAAAGGCGACUUCAUGCGCGAUGCCCAUCCAGAGAGCAAAGAUUACACCGGUGGCAUGGGCUCGUUGGCGGAUGAGCUCGAGUCUGUGGACGAGGGCCCUGAGAUCGACCCCAACCGCCGAGCAGAAAUGGAGAUCAAGGGUCUCAAAGACCAGAACAAGGCCCUGACGCUGUACAUCGAGCGCAUUAUUAGCCGCUUGCUGCAGCAUGACGGGUUUGAGUACAUUCUGGACAAGAAUGAGGAGGAAGGGGCGGCUGGCCGGGACCACCGAAAGAGUGGUAGUGAUAAGGAGCUUCCUCCGACCCCCCCGGAGAAGGACGAGGCUUCUGGUCAAACGCUGCUGCAGCGGGCCAAGUCGGUUGUCGCUGGUCCCCGCUCCACGCCGCGAUCACGCCCGUUCAGCAUGAUGCCUCCUCCUAGCAUCACCCAGCCCACCACGAACGAAAACCCCGAUACGGCUCCCAGCAUUCCCCUCCGCGGUUCGUCCGUCCGAGCUAGCCACCGCCGCGUCCGAUCAGAGCAAGUCGACCCGAACGCCGCUUCCGUCGUUGGUCAGAUGUAUCGCGGCAACCAUUCCACAGGGCCGACCAGCCCUACUGCCCUGGGCCCCGGUUCCCGACAGAGUAUGUUCCCGGGAGCCCCUGGGAACAUCUCCAGUAUGAGCCGUGCGCCGUCGAUGUCCAGCCAGCCCGAUCGGGUCGGCCACAACAGCUCGCCCAGCGUUACCAGUGAUAUCGCCGCUGAUACUGCUUCGACUGGCGCGACCUCCAGCCCGCCGCGUUCCAGCAGCGGGAUGACCAAUUACCCUGGUGCCGUGAUGACGCAGAACAAACUGCGGCCCCUGCGGCUCGUGAGCGAAACAGCCAGGCUGGAGGAAGAGGAGGCCGCACGCAAGAAGGCCAACCGGGGCAGCUGGAUCCCGUGGUUCAACAAACCGCCGAACCUGGAGGAGGCCCCGCCGUCGUAA